AUGAGUCGUCGACUGUUCGGUUGGGCACUGGUUAUCGGCUUCGGCGUGCUGAAUGGCUACACGACGUUCAAGCCCGCCUUUGAAGCCCGAGAGCUGGAGAAGCUGAAAGAAGAGGAGCGCGCGGCCUCCGACCUGGGACCCAACAUGAUGGAGAUCCCUGCGAUGCGGAACCACACCACGACACUCCUGGAUGGGAAUGCGGAAAAAUCAAAAGCCAGCUAA